UGGCUGGAAAGCGAUGGCGAGCAGGGACCCUAGGCAUGAAAGGGAGCGGCGCCGCCAGGGCCUCGCGCUUCCUCCUCCUCCUCCUCGCUCGCCGCUCGCCUGAUCUCCUGCCAUGACUCAGCGCUUCUCGCAGGCUGCCCGGCUGGGACACCGGCUUCUGGCCGGCUCCUCCCGCCGCGUCCACCCCCUCUCGCCACCCACGCCCGCCCCCAGCCGCCGGCCCUUUCCCCGCGCCGCCGCCGCCGCCGCCGCCGCCGCAGUCAGCUCGGGCGCCCCGGCAGCAUCCGACCGCUCAGCCCAGUGCCACCGCCCCAGCGCCAGCCCGCCAUGGAGCCCCGAGCCCCCCGCCGCCGCCACACGCUCCAGCGCGGCUAUGCCGUGACGCGGAUCCCCCAUCUCAACAAGGACUUGGCUUUCACCCUGGAAGAGAGGCAGCAGUUGAACAUUCAUGGAUUGUUACCACCUUGCUUCAUCAGUCAGGACAUCCAGGUCCUUAGAGUAAUUAAAAAUUUUGAGCGUCUGAACUCUGAUUUUGACAGGUAUCUUCUCUUAAUGGACCUUCAAGAUAGAAAUGAAAAGCUCUUUUAUAAAGUGCUAAUGUCUGACAUUGAGAAAUUCAUGCCUAUCGUUUAUACUCCCACUGUGGGUCUGGCUUGCCAGCAAUACAGUUUAGCAUUUCGGAAGCCAAGAGGUCUCUUUAUUAGUAUCCAUGAUCGAGGGCAUGUUGCUUCAGUUCUUAAUGCAUGGCCAGAAGAUGUCAUCAAGGCUGUCGUGGUGACUGAUGGAGAACGUAUUCUUGGCCUGGGAGACCUUGGCUGUAACGGGAUGGGCAUCCCUGUGGGUAAACUGGCACUCUAUACAGCAUGUGGAGGGGUAAAUCCCCAAGAAUGUCUGCCUGUCAUCCUGGAUGUGGGAACAGAAAAUGAGGAGUUACUUAAAGAUCCACUGUACAUUGGACUGCGGCAGAGAAGAGUGAGAGGUCCUGAAUAUGAUGAUUUUUUGGAUGAAUUCAUGGAGGCAGUUUCUUCCAAGUAUGGCAUGAAUUGCCUUAUUCAGUUUGAAGAUUUUGCCAAUAUAAAUGCAUUUCGUCUCCUGAAAAAGUAUCAGAAUCAGUAUUGCACAUUCAACGAUGAUAUUCAAGGAACGGCAUCUGUUGCGGUUGCUGGCAUCCUUGCAGCCCUUCGAAUCACCAAGAACAAGCUUUCUGAUCAAACGAUACUGUUCCAAGGAGCUGGAGAGGCUGCCUUAGGGAUUGCACACCUGAUUGUUAUGGCCAUGGAAAAAGAAGGUGUCCCAAAAGAGAAAGCCAUAAAGAAGAUAUGGUUGGUUGACUCAAAAGGAUUAAUAGUUAAGGGACGGGCUGCCUUAACACACGAGAAAGAGGAAUUUGCCCAUGAACAUGAAGAAAUGAAGAACCUAGAAGCCAUUGUUCAAGAUAUAAAACCAACAGCCCUCAUAGGAGUUGCUGCGAUUGGUGGUGCAUUUUCAGAACAAAUUCUCAAAGACAUGGCUGCCUUCAAUGAACGGCCUAUUAUUUUUGCUUUGAGUAAUCCAACCAGCAAAGCAGAAUGUACUGCAGAGCAGUGCUACACACUGACACAGGGUCGUGCAAUUUUUGCCAGUGGCAGUCCUUUUGAUCCGGUCACUCUUCCAAGUGGGCAGACCCUGUAUCCUGGCCAAGGCAACAAUUCCUAUGUGUUUCCUGGAGUUGCCCUUGGUGUUGUGGCCUGUGGACUGAGGCAUAUCACGGAUAAGAUCUUUCUCACUACUGCUGAGGUUAUAGCUCAGCAAGUAUCAGAUAAACACUUGGAAGAAGGCCGGCUUUAUCCUCCUCUGAACACCAUUAGAGAUGUUUCUCUGAAAAUCGCAGAAAAGAUUGUGAGAGAUGCAUACCAAGAAAAGACAGCCACCAUUUAUCCUGAACCCUCAAACAAGGAAGCAUUUGUCCGCUCUCAGAUGUAUAGCACUGAUUAUGACCAGAUUCUACCUGAUGGCUAUUCUUGGCCUGAAGAGGCCCAGAAAAUACAGACCAAACUUGACUAAUAGCGUAAUAGCCUACAUUUCUAACUCCACUCAUGAGAUCUGGAAGUCUUUCAUAAUUUUUAAAUAUUGGGAUCUUUUAUAAUGAGUCAUAAUGUGCUAGAUUAAGAUAAUUUCCCCUUAACACUCUAAAAAUUUAUGGACGAUUAUUGUUAUACUUUAGGGUAAACAUCACAGUAGACACUUUUGCUUCAUUUACUUUCUUGUUAUUUAUGGUUUCUGUCUUAAUUAUUUUGCCCAAGUUCUCUUUAAAAGCUAUUGUAACUGCUACUGAGAAACCCUUUUCAUAGAGGAAACUAAGGGGAAGACCAAAAUUAGUAAUAAAAUGGUAUGAUCAGUAUUAAAACCUAUCAUUCAUUUGUUGAUUUUAUUAAAAAUUACUUUAAAAAAUAAAGAUAGUAAUGAAUUUAGGCAUAGACUAACUUUUGCUAAAAGCAGAAACAACACUGACUUUGUUGCCUAGAGAAAAAUAACUUCUCAGGUAUUUUUAUUCCAAUCCUACAUUAUAUCCGUUCUUUUUGCACAACUAAACUCUAAGAAAGACCAUUGCCGUUUACAAUGCCUUGUGCAGCCUUAGAUUCUAAUGUUCUUUCAACAUUGUUACAUCUCCUUAUGACCUUGGUCCUCAGUCAGAAAUCCCUUAUUAAAAGUACCUUUCCUUCUCCCUGACCAAAGGCACAUUCCCUCAGUUCCGCAGCGUUGCUGCUGGUCCCUUCCAGACUGGCCUUGUCCUGAGGUUGGUGCCCUCAGCUGAGUACAGCCUGAGCUGUGGGAAGAGCUGAGACAGUGGAUAAGCUUCUGGAGAAAGGGCCACCUGUGGAGUCGACCUGACCUCUUAAGACAGAACUCUCCAGAGUCUAGGCAAGCUGCAUUCCCAACUGAGUGACCUACUCGAAUGUCCCCUUGAUUAGCUCAGGUAAUUAAGAUCUCAUCAAACUCACUCUUCUCUGAGUUUGAAGAGAGCUUUGGAACCACUUCCCCAAUCUCAGAAAUUAUCUUUACAACAGAUCUUAAAAUAUUCUAAUUAUUGUCAGUAGUUAUAGCCUAGAAAUGAAUGUAAAUUUUAGGUUUUAAUUUAGAAGUUAAUAAUUGAACCAAUGGAAACAAUUUUAAAUUCUUAAGCUCAGGUGCAAUAAUGUUUGCUAUUUAUUUAUAGAAUUAUAUGGGUACAUUUUUCUUUUGGAAAGUGAUGCUAAAAGAGUAUAAGAAGAUGUGCAAGAUAAACUAUAAAAUGAUUUCACUAAAAGUUGAAAGUUAUAGAAGUUGUUGUAGGUGUGAGUAUAAGGGGUAGGGGUAUUUCUGAAGAUAACAUUUAGCCAAGAAUUUCCUCAAUAUAGUUGUUUUGAAGAGAUCCAGAAUGCUUAUUUCUUGUUUAGUUUCCGUGUUGUCUUAUAGAUCUAACUAAAUGUAUUUACCUAUGCAAAAGAUUUAUUAAAGCAUAGAAAAAGUGAA